AUGAUUCGCCUGGGGGUGACAGGCGUGAAGGGAGAUUGGCCCUUUCUAGCGAAAGCUGGGUGCCUAGAGAGGCAUUUUGGCAGAGCGCCCAAGAAAGGCGAGUCCAGGAUUGCUCCAAAGGCCAUUUGCCAUCUUUGCCUAACAGGACUCCCAGGUUACCACAUUUCUGAAUGCAGUAACAAUCCUCGCUUUGAACAGACUAUGGACAGUGCGGCAGCACAAGUACCUUGGGAUACUUUGAGCCCGCUCUUGGAGCACUUACCCAACUUUCCGCGGGCUGCGCUGAUGCUGCGGCCAGAUGUUUGGCACAAUUGGCAUCUGGGGAUGGGCAAAGCCUUUUUGGCCAGUGCUAUGGAAUGGAUGGAGGUGUGGCUGAGCGAUCCAUCACGAGUGGAACUGGUGGCAUCGGAGCAAAGGCUGCAGCUGGUGCUACUGGUGCUGCGAUCCAUCAAUGAAUUGUUUCGAACAUUGUAUAGAUCUGGGGCAUGGCUAGAUCAAGCUACUGCAAAGCGAGUUGCAUUUUUGGGUUUGCAAAGCAUGAGGGGGUACAGGAAGUUGGCAGUUCUGUCAGUGGCCUUGCGGCAACCACGGUUCCCGGUGUAUCCAAAGUUUCACAUGUUGUUUCAUGCUUUUCGUUUUGUGGAACUGAGUGCGGAGGCCAAUGAAUGGACAGAAUCUCCACUUACUGAUUCAUGUCAAAUGGAUGAGACCUUUAUUGGAGUCUUAUCACGAUAUAGUAGGAGGGUCAGCCCCAAAGAUACAAUUUCUCGAACCUACGAUAUUUACCUGACAAGCCUCCACCAGCAGUGGCAAAGGCCACUGUCAAAGGAGUCAGAAGAUGACGCAGAGCAAUUGUGA